CAAGACCUGCAAGGUUUACUGUGCUUUGUCUGGUGCUUAAAGAAGAGGGACCUGCAAUUCCCUGAGAGACACAAUUCACACCAGAAGCCGCUGGGGAUACAUUGUAUCACUGAGGAUAUAUACUGUCUAGGUCUAGGACAUAUUUACCCUUCACAGACACCACAACUUCUGGAUGGCAUCUUGUAUCCUGUAAGGGAAUGUGGUCCUGGUGUCUGGAGUCUGUAUUCACAUCACAUACCCCUGGACUGCAGGAGGGAAGACCUGAUACAAGGAAUUGGUUCCAACAGAUACUGUGGCGCCUCCAAUAAAAAAGCCCUGGACUGAAAUCCGAAGCUUUUGUCGUGCAGAUUUUUUUAUUUUAUUUUUUUUUUUAUUAUUUACUGAGAACUGAACGGAGUCAUUCAAGGCAAAUCUUCACACAAGAGAAAAAUGGAGACAAUUUUCAGGCUGUGCCUACUGCUCACUGUGGCGUCCUCUCUGAUGGCCGUCAUGCACCCGUACUGUGUGAUCAAGAAGGAGGAGGAAGCCUGUGCGGAGAAAAUACAGAGAUACGAGUCUGAGCUGUGGAACGAUUCACUGCCAGGAUGCCCGGGGAUGUGGGAUAACAUAACCUGCUGGAUGCCCACAGUGGUUGGCAAGGUGGCCUAUACCCGAUGCCCGGCCUGGUUCAGCAUGAUCGAUUCUGAGGAUGGUAUGGACUUCACCGAUGGGCAAUCUGAACUGGAGACCCUGGAGAGUCUGGAGGAGCUGCAGUCAGAAGGAAUUAUCAGCCGGAACUGCACAGAGAGCGGCUGGUCGGAUCCCUUCCCCCACUACUCUGACGCCUGCGGCUUCGACCUCAAUCAGACGGGUCAGGACCAGGACACUUACUUUCUGUCUGUGAAAGCCUUGUACACAGUAGGAUACAGCACAUCCCUCGUGGCCCUCACCACCGCCAUGGUCAUCCUGUGCCGCUUCAGGAAACUCCACUGCACCAGAAAUUUCAUCCACAUGAACCUGUUUGUCUCCUUCAUCCUGAGGGCUAUCUCUGUUUUUAUUAAAGACGAAGUUCUCUACGCCGAGCAAGACAGCUACCACUGCCAUGUGUCGACGGUGGAAUGUAAAGCUGUGAUGGUUUUUUUUCACUACUGCGUCAUGUCCAACUACUUCUGGCUCUUCAUAGAAGGACUUUACCUCUUCACACUCCUGGUGGAAACGUUUUUUCCAGAGAGAAGAUAUUUCUAUUGGUACACAAUAAUCGGAUGGGGGACCCCCCUGAUCUGUGUGACCAUAUGGGCCGUCCUAAGACUUCACUUCGAUGACCAAGGCUGCUGGGAAAUGAACAAUAAUGUGGCCCUCUGGUGGGUGAUUAAAGGUCCUGUCAUCGGCUCCAUCAUGAUCAACUUCGUCCUGUUUGUCGGAAUAAUCAUCAUCUUAGUGCAGAAGCUUCAGUCCCCGGACAUCGGCGGCAACGAGUCCAGUAUAUACCUGAGGUUGGCCCGCUCUACACUCCUGCUGAUCCCGCUCUUCGGAAUACAUUACACCGUUUUUGCCUUUUCACCGGAGAAUGUCAGUAAGAGGGAACGGCUGGUGUUUGAGUUAGGACUUGGAUCAUUCCAGGGAUUUGUUGUCGCCAUCCUCUAUUGCUUCCUGAAUGGAGAGUUUCUCCCUAAAGGUGCAAUCAGAAAUAAAGAGAAAAUGGCGGAGCUGGAAAGUCAACCGGUAUUUUGCUGUGGAUUUCAAGCACCGUCAUCCAUCACUGGCGAGCAGCGGAGUCAACGGGGGGACACAGUUGUCCAUUCUGAGCAAGAGCAGCUCGCAGAUCCGGAUGUCCAGCAUAAAUGCGGAGAACCUGGCGACAUGAGCUCAGACACUGCCUAAACGUUUUCUAACAUCGCUUUUUUUUAUUAUUACAAUUUUUUCUUCAUUCUACUAUUUUUAGUGAAUGUGAAAAGGAGGUGAGACAAUAAUGGCGAAUUGUACCAGGAUUGUUUAUGGAAGGGAUAAGCUAGAAUUUGUCACUUCCAUGGAUUUUUGGGUUUGUUUUCCAGCAAUAUAACUUCAUAAAUGUACAAUCCAUGAGUUACACUGAAGAUCUUUUUUUUUUUUUAAACUGCGAAAAAAUAUUCAUAAUUCAAAUAAACAAAAUAAAAAUGUCAAAUUCAAAAAUAAAGGUAAUCACUCACAUUCAGAAAUGAAGGUAACUUAAAUUCAAAAACAAAAUUAUUAUUUUAACUUUAAAAAAUAAAGUUAAUAUUUCUAAUUCAAAAAUAAAUGUAAUACUUCUUAUUCCAAAAUAAAGUAAUAUUUCAAAUUCAAAAAUAAAGUUAAUGUUUCAAAUUCAAUAAUAAAGUUAGUAAUUCACAUUCAGAAAUAGAGGCAACUCAAAUUCAUAAAACAAUAUAUUAUUUUAAAUUUAAAAAAAUAGUUAAUAUUUUAAAAUUCAAAAAUAAAGUCAAUAAUUUAAAUUCAAGAAUAAAGUUAAUAACUCAAAUUCAAAAAUCAAAAUAAAAUAUAGAAAUAAAAUUAUUAAAAUAAUUAGAUAAUUAAUCAAUGUUUCAAAUAAAAAAACACAAAAACAAAAAAUGUGUAAUAAAAAUAAAGUCUAAAUACUAAAUUCAUUGGAAUAUUUGUUAUUAAAACUGGUGCAAAAUAUGUUCUGUAACCUUUUACAACUUUGAAGUUUAAAUAUAUAUUUUUUUCUUUUUUACAAUUUUUUUUUUUUUAAAUCAGUGCGGUACAGGUUACAAAACACCUUUUGCCUUGAUUUUGUACCAGUCUUCAUAAAUAUGUCUUCCAUUGUCCAAAAAAGGAAGAAAGCACUUGUUUUCAUUGUCUUUAGCAAAAUAAUUGCAAAGACAAGUAUGUAUUUUUGGUUUACAACAUAAUACUAUAUCAGGCAGCUUGAAUUAAUUUUUUUAUUUUUUAUUUUUAUUUUUAUCCUUUUGUUUUAUAAAUUAAACAAAAUGUGAAUUAAGUGAUUAAAGGUGAAUUCUGUACAUAGAUUGCACUGGUUAUGGUGACGGUGGAUGCAGGGUGUUUCUGCACAACAAAAAAAAUGCAGGUUGAACGCAAAAUAUGGAUUACCGUACAGUAUUAUUUUAAUAAUAUUGUAUAAUUUAGCAGGGGUAAUGGCAAUUUUCUCAUAAACACUGGAAAAUAGCAUAAAAUGUAAUAGAACACUAACAGUAUUAAAUUAUAUUUUUUAGAAGAAAAAAAAAUAAAAAGUUAUAUAUAUCUGUAAUUAUUAUUGCUAUUAUUAUUAAUAUUUUGUGACAGUCUUGCAUAACUUUUGCCUUGUAUCCAGAAGAAGCUUCUGGUACAUAUUUUCUUAACUCACAGUAAUAAGAUGUCAAUUAACACUUUACACAUAAGAUUAAUGAGUCGUUUUAUUUUAUGUAGAAAGCAAAUAAUUUUGAGAGAGAAAAACUGGAUAAUUAUGCAUUUUUUUAAUAUUUUUUAGUUGUUUCUUAUUUUUUUUUUAUUUUUUUUUUAUCGGAGGCCAAUGUAUUUUUAGACCACAAUAAGGGAAAAGAUGCCUAAAAAGUUCUACUUUUGGCUUCAUAGAAUGUAACUUUUGAACGUAGGAUUCAAGAAAAUCAAGAAGAAAAUAAGAAUGUAUAUAUAUAAUGCAGAAUGUGUAUAAUAAAUGCAGAAUGUGUAUAGUUCACAUACUUUACAUGAUACAAAGCAACUUUUUUUUUUCCAAUUUCAAAAACAUGGACUGUGAUAUUCGUUGUGCCAUUGUUCUCUCUGAGCCAUCUUGAAAACUGAUAACUAUUUUGUGUGUGUAGGAUAGGAAGUAGUUUCCAUAUUCCUUGUAGAACUUUUAAGAAGACAUUUACCAUGAAUCUCACCUGUACAACAUUGCCAAAUUUCACUACAAGGCCUUUCUGGCCAAGUGGAACAAAAACGACCACUGGUGACUUUUCCCCAUGGAUGGAACAAUCCAACUCAAGUGAAAAAGAUUUACUACUGACUCUUUUUGCUGAGCCCCAACACAUUAUCAGAUGUCACCCAAGGCCAUCACCUCUACCACUCAAUUUUAUUCCAUGGAUGGAACACUACUGCACAAAGAAGAAAAUAUCCCAAUGUUUUAAGAGGAUUUAUUCCAUAAAAUCUUGUCUGUAGACUCCAACGCCACCAGAUUUUACUACAAGGCUUUCGUAGCAAAGUUGAUCAAGAACCAAUGCCAUCACAUCUACUAUUCUUGAAUUUUCUCCAUGGAUGGAAGUGAAACAUAAUAUGCAAUACCACCAAACUAAACUACAAAGCUCUCACAGUCAAGUAGACCAAGACCCAAGGCAACCACAUCUACCAUUUUUUUUUUUACUUUUUUCCGUAGAUGACACAACCCCAUAAAACUGGUCUUAACUGGUUGAAUUGACUGGUUGAAUUGACCUUUUUUCCUCUAAACAGAAAAAUAUAGGUUAUUGGACACUUGAUCAACAGGAUCUUCUGAAGAGAGGGUUUUUGUUAAAGUGCAUUACGCCGUACAUAAUUUUGGUCAUAAAGUAGUAAAUCGGAAGUUAGAACAGCAGCCAAACUUUGACCACUAUGUUUGGUUGCUUAGGGGCCUCCCAUUAGCUAACAAUUAUGUCUAGGAUAACCUAGGAUUAACCAGGCUUUGAGAUUUUUUUUGUGUUCCAUCAUUGAAAAAACUGAAAAACUGUAUUGUACACAAGACACCAGUGGCGCUUGAUCAAUUCCAUUGACUUGGCAUCAAUGGGAUCCUUUAUGUUUCAUCGUGGUGUACACCAUUUUGAUAUGUCUGCUUGUCUAUUCUUCUUUGUUAGAUAUGGAAAAAUUUGAGACAAAAGUUCUAAUCGAACAUAUAUCAGAGCCCCAGUGACACUUCUACUGGAGAGGGGGACCCUCCACUAAAUUAUAUUCCCAGGGGCCUUCACUAUUACAGAUUUAAUUAUAGAGGUGUGAUGGCCAUUUUGGCAGUGGUUUUCCCAAUUACGAAAACAUCUGACCAUGGGCAUAACUUGGAUUCCUAUAAAUUAGAACAAUAGUUAAUAUGUAUGAACACUACAAUUCCCCUUUAAACAACUUGACUGGUGGCUCUCCAAGUGGAUUGUUCUUUCCCAGUGUACUAAUGAUGGAAAAUAAUUAAUAAAUUCUUAUUCUGAAGGUGAAAAGAUUCUAUCAAAUAUUUACUAGCAGUUUCUCAUUCUGAAAUUAUCACAGAUUGCUAAUAACAUCUAAAACCAGUUAUGUUUUAUAUUUGCUACUUUGUAUUUGAAUACAUGAUACAACCUGAUGAUCUGUCAUAUAAUCCAUAGCAACCAGACACAUUUUUCUAUUUUUUAAAGCUUCAGAUCUUAUAUUGAGGGGGCAUGGCCGUGACGGCAGGAGCGCGAUGUGACCGCGACGUCACGAGGCUCUGCCCCGCAUCGCCAGUCAUGCGGCACGGAGCAAAGUUCGCUCAGUGCAUCAGAUGUCUGGGGUGCCGCAGCCAAGAUGGCAGGGGUUCCCAGCAGCGGGACCUCUGCGAUCAGACAUCUUAUCCCCUAUCCUUUGGAUAGGGGAUAAGACGUCUAGGGGCAGAGUACCCCUUUAAGUUCUAUUGUUUGUGAAAUGAGAAAAUGUAAAAGAAAAUCUAUAGAUUGACAGAUCUAUUCACUUAAUGGAAUUGAAAUUUGUAAUUAACAGAUCUCUUAUCCAACAAAAUGUUGGUGGCCUUCUAAAAAAAAUUGUCACAUAUGAGGCACCUUUACUUGGCGAAUUGUUAAUUUUUAAUAAAUCACCUAUGGCAUUCCAAACUAUGUGUAAAUGAAGAAAACAAAACAAACACAAAAGUUUAAAUUUCAGUCCAAAUUUCUGCAUUUUCAUUACAACUGCAGUGGUCCCUCAAGUGCCUUUUCACAACAGUGUUUCGGUCUCUCAACCAUCACACGGGUUUAAAGAACUUAACAUGUUAAUAAAAAUAUUAAUAAACUAAACCAGCUGUACUAAAAAAGUAGUAAAGCCACUAUAAGCAUUAGAGUGUCAAAGCAAAAAAUACAGAAAUACAAAUUACAGAAAUAUUUUUUAAAAAUGGAAGGAUGACUAUAUUUUCAAAAACAAAGAAAAUAUAUCUAUAACUAAAGUCUCUCUAUACAGUAAAACUAACUUAUAUGUAACUAGCUAUAUAUAUAUAUAUGGGCAUUUAAGAAGCAUAAUAUUAGAAUUUUUUACAGCUUUUUCUGGUGAAUAAACUGCUUUUAACUUUAAGAAUCCUUCAGAUAAAGCUUAAGCUGAAUGCAGGAAAUUAAAAUAUAUAGUAAAAUAAAAUAAAAAAAAUUAUAAAAACAUACAAGCAAAAAAAAAUACCAUUUAAUUUUAAAAGACAAAAGCUAUUUUAAUUUCAUCAACCAUAAUGAUAUUUUCCACAAGUCAUAUGGAUGCCCAUAUAUGUGCCAAACUUAUGAAACACAGAACUAGCAAUAUAUUUUUAGAUAAGUCAGUCUAAAGCAAGAUUCAUGUAUUUUUUUAAGUUUCAGAAUUGUUUAUCUCAGACGAUAGAAAUAAGACGAUGUUAAGUAUUAUAAAAUAGGAUAACAAAAAAUUGCUACAUUUAAAAUAUUUAUAAUUCUCAAACAGGGGCUUACGAGUCGGAAAACCACUUUAUAGCUCUCUCUAAACUUUAAGGAAAAGCUACGGAGAACUGAAAAUUUUGAAAAGAUUUAUAUCAUAUCUAAAAAAUCAAUGAAUAUGAUAGAAAAUAAAAUUUUAACAUUUGCAUCAUUAUAUAAAAAAGUUAUCAAAAUGCUAAAUUAUUUAAAUUUUCCAGAAUGAUUUAUUGACAUUGACUAAAUUUUCCAAAGGUUUUUCCAACCUUUCCAUCUCUUCUGGUCUCUUUGGCCAAGAUGGCCAUAACAUGAUCACAUAAAAUGGUGCAUUUUACACCUAAAAACACCAAGACCCUACACAUUUCUUCUGAACCAAAUCUGUAUCAACAUAAGGCUCUACAUAGCCAUAAUAUGGGCCCUAAAAUGUGGUCAUUUCAUAACCCUCUGAAUGGGCCACUCGAUGUCGGAAAAAUGCUAAUUCUUUUUUUUAAAUGUAAUGUCCUUUACUGUAUAUGAUACAACUGGAUUCCUUUUUUUGUGUCAUGCCACAUUAUAGAGGAUCUGUCCCGGGAGACCGCAUUCCUUCACCAAUGACCUAUGUUCUCUAGUGCCUCGUAAGUUCUUCCCACGAUUUGGAGAAAACAGACGACUCUUAUGUCAAUUCUGUCCCAUAAAGACUCAAAAAGCAACAAAGGUUUCCGGAAUAGUCUCACUUAACUAGGGAUCCCUUCACCCCUUCCUGGUUAUGGGUUUCUCAAUAAGUGGGAUUUGGUGUCUAGGGGAACUCCGCCCCUAGACAUCUUAUCCCCUAUCCAAACCAUAGGGGAUAACAUGUCUGAUUGUGGGGGGUCCCAGUGGCUGGAUCUACAAGCUGGCUUUAGGCGGCCGUGGUCAUGACAUCAUGUCACGCCCCUCCAUUCAUGUCUGUGGGAGGGGGCAUCACGCCUCCUCCCAUAGACAUGAAUGGAGGGGGGCAUGUCAUGACAUCACAAUUAUGGCCACCUGAAGCCGGUGAUCUAAACAUAAUGUUCAGAAUGCCGGGGUCCCAGCGGCCGGAUCAGACAUCUUAUCCUUUAUCUUAUCGCUUAUCUUAUCAUAAGAUGUCUAAGGGGAAGAGUACCCCUUUAAUGUUAAAUAAGGUGGGAAUUUGCCCCCAAAUAGCGACUCGCUUGGAUAAUAAGUUGUUCCCCCGUAACAGAUCCUCUCAAAAACAUUCACUCGACUGUUAGCUGAAUAGUGCUCCUGAAAUAGACAUACCUAUCAGUUUUCUCUGUUAUAUAUCAUGGCAACUAAACAUUUCGAGUAUCUUAUUGCAAUUACAGACCAUUAUUAAUUUGUAUGUGUUUACCAUGAUGUAAAAAAAAAGAAAGAAAGAAAAAAGUCUUAACUCGUGUCAUUGAACCAAUGGCCUUCUGAUGUCUCUGCAAAAAAAAAAAAAGGCAUAAAAAUAAUAAUAAAAAUGCUACAGCUUUAAUACAAUGUAACAUGUCCUCUGUUGCUAUGUGUUGUACAGUGGUCAAUGCCAAAUUAACUCUUUGAGGUGUGUAGCAUGUCGUAGCGUCUAAUACUGAAGCCGUGGUGUACAGUCGUGUGUUUUUUUUGUAAUAGAGAGAACAGUUCGAUAAAAUGUAUAGUGUAUUUCAAUGUCUGUAUAAAAUGAUAACCUCACAUACAUUUUAACCGUGUUCAGUACCGUUGACUUUUUUAUUUUUAAACUUUUUUUUAUUAUUAUUUUUAAACUUUUUUUUAUCAUGACUUACAAUCUUUAGAUUCUUCUGUUCUGAACUUUCUUUUUUGUCCUUUUUUACGACUUCUAAACUUUUUGGUUGAUAAUGUUAUGUAAACGACAGGUGCCCCUGUAGAUUUUGAUAGGUGGUCUUCUUCUUAAUGCUUAUUGUAUUGCGAUCCGGCAUCUGCCGCUUCUUAAUGUUAGAUCAUUCUUCUUCUUUUAUAAAUUGUAAAUGAAAACAAUGUGUUUACGCCUGAUCUAUGUAGAAUGUUGUUUUAACUUUUGAAAUAUCUAACUAGAAAUGUAUUGAUAUUGGGGGAAAACUGUUUUGUUACAGAAAUUGUCAACUUAUUAAACAGUGUUUGCUAACUACAUAA